AAAGGAAAGAAGAAGAAAGCAGCAGCAAGCAGCAUAGAAGACGAGAGUGAGUCCACUCUCUCCCACUCUGGAGGGCCAAAAUAUCUGGACCUGUCAUAACAGGACGCAAGCCACUCCAAAAGGGUUUCAGUCUUCCCCCUUUUUCCUGUUCAUUUUUCGUCACCGGCUCUCUUCUCAUGUGUAAGUCAUGACAUUUUCGUGAACAAAACAGCCCCCCUUCUCUCUCUCUCUCUCUCUCUCUCUCUUCCUGGCAAUUGGCAAAGUUUGAGGUUUGGAGCUGCAGGUAGAGGUGAAUUUGAACUCAAUUUCCAAACGAUUGUGGUAUCAAAUAAUCCGUGAGCAUGUUUCGCCGCUGGAGCAGUUCCCAGCACCAAGACAAUGAUCCAUUACAGCAUGAAGUGAAGAUCAACGAGCUGAAGGCUGCAAUUGGACCGCUAUCCGGGCGUAGUUUACAGUUCUGCACUGAUGCAUGCUUCAGGAGAUAUUUGGAGGCACGGAAUUGGAACGUAGACAAAGCCAAGAAAAUGUUGGAAGAAACACUUAAGUGGAGAUCAACCUACAAGCCUGAGGAAAUCUGCUGGCGCGAAGUUGCAAAUGAGGGUGAGACUGGAAAAGUUUACAGAGCAAGUUUUCGUGAUCGUAGUGGGAGGACUGUUCUUAUACUGAGACCAGGAAUGCAGAACACGGUUUCAAUAGACAAUCAAAUGCGUCAUCUAGUCUAUCUCAUAGAGAAUGCUGUCUUCAACCUUCCUGAGGGCCAAGAGCAGAUGGCGUGGUUGAUAGACUUCACCGGGUGGACGCUAAGUACUACCGUGCCUGUCAAAUCUGCACGAGACACCAUCAAUAUUUUACAGAACCACUACCCUGAGAGAUUAGGCGUAGCAUUUCUCUACAACCCCCCACGGAUUUUUGAAGCAUUUUGGAAGAUUGUCAAGUACUUCUUGGACAACAAGACAUUCCACAAGGUCAAGUUUGUUUACCCCAAGAAUAAAGACAGCGUGGAGCUUAUGAAGCAAUAUUUUGAUGAGAAAAAUCUCCCUACUGAGUUUGGAGGGCAUGCCAUACUAAACUAUGACCAUGAGGAGUUCUCGAAAUUAAUGACUCAAGAUGAUGUGAGAUCAGCUGCCUUUUGGGGUCGCGAUGACAAGCUACCACAUUAUGGUAACGGGCAUUCUGGAGCUGAGGUGGCUCCUGAACCGGUGUGCCUUGCACCGGUAGCCAGCUGAAUCGUCACCGGAAACCUCCAUAGCAGGAGCUCAUAAGUAUAUGAGAAUAAGUGAGAUGGACCAACUGGGUGUGCUGGUAAGCUAACAUGAGCUUAAAGCCUGCAAGCAACAAUCCGGCAGGAAAUUAUUAGUUCCUUGGGGACCUUUUCUCUUGCAGGAGAGGUAUCUGAGUGCCUUGGCGAGAGAGACUACAUUACAGCUAGACAUUACCAUUUAAAAAAACAAAGUAGCAAUCUGAUUUUAUUUUAUUAUAUUAUAUGGAUAUUGUUCCUCAUCUGAUAUAUACCUCUCAAGUCCUAUGCCAAAGUGGUAGGAUCAUUUGACUUCAACUGAGAAA